GAACCAUGCUGUGGUCAGUAAAACAGAAGAAAAAAAACAUACACAGAUUAAAAGAAAAAAGAUAUAACACACAGAUAAAAGAUGACUCCAACUGAAGAGUCAAACAGAACUCCACAUUACAAAAACACAUUAGAAAGAGAUUAUCACGACAUGCAGGGACGCAAUUCAGAGACUAAAUGAGCAUAAACUGCAUGGAGCGCAGCCUGCAGCUUUCAACACCAACAUCUACUCUGUCCUGCCGGUACAACACCGACAUCAUCUGUUUAAAAAGAUGAUUAAAUCUGCUGCAGAGAAAGGUGUGUCAAGAAUAGUUAAGGUUGAUUACAUCUCCACACAACACUCAUCACUGUCACUCAAGACUGUUACAAAACCAGAUAAAGGCCUUAAAAUAAUCUCAAGUAUUUCUGAAAAACUGGGACCAUGAAAAGAGCAUCUGUUAUUCAAGUGUUCUGGUUGUAACCUUAAUCUUUGACAUUGUUUUGUCUCUCCCUCCCAUUGACUCUAUUCAAAUGUGUGAUCUGCCAUCCAACGACUCCCCACACUGUAGGUGCAGCUCACGCUAAUAAAGAGCUUCACACCUGCCCGAUGCCCCACUCCCUGCUGACUCACACAUGCAAGCAAAACAAUUGUUUUAAAAUAUUUGUUCUAAAUUAAUUUUCUAUGAUGACAUCAAUUUUAUAAGGCAGAUAGAUCUGCAGAAAAUCUUCCACUCCAUUAUAGCUCCAAAGUCUUAUUUGUGUUUAACAGGUUUAAUGAGUUCUUAAUGCAUAACACCUGAACUAUUCCAAUAAAGUUCUCAUCUAUUUACAUUACAAGUACGAUUUUGGUUAGUAUUUCUCACUUAUUGUAAUGAUCGAGGCAUUUUUUCCUGCCUGGUAGGUCAAUAAAUCAAAUAUAGCAGCCAAAAUGCAUAUGAUUACAUGUUCACGACAACAACACUGCAGGUGUUUCAAGUAUGAGGUCAUCAAUGUCUGUUUGCAUAACUCUAUCUCUACAUGGGUUGUUCCUGACCUUCGUAAAGCAGCUGGUGCCCAGGUAACAAAAGAACCCUUAACUAAAACACAAUCAUAGCUCAAGAUUUCCUUUUUUGUCAAGGCCUUUCUGUUCACCUCCAGGUCAGCAAAUAUCACCUGUAAAUGUGUAUCCGUACACAUACAGUGCCAUAGAUUUGACAAGUCAGACGAGCUUCGCAAACCACCGGUGUACUGGCUGUCAGCUCUAUUUUAAUACCAACAUUCAGUGCGUCAGUGAAACUGGGUGUGUCUGUGUCACAUUUAAAGGAACUACCAUCAACACGGCAUAACUUGAACAUCGGCCGUGCUCAGAGGUAUCAGAAGUAGACAGUAAACAUUUUGUACACAGACUUGUUUGACAUUUGAUUCCAAGAUCUAAAGCGAUGAUAUGCAAAGCGGACAUGCUGAAUGAGUUUCGACUGUGUGGAUAGACGAAUCUGCCGAUUUUAUAUGAUAAGAUUGACCGGCAGUCAGCUGGACUUCGGCCUUUCUGUUGGUCGACAGGUGAUACAGGUAGUCUGACGAAGACAGUGUUUAAUGCCUGGAUCUUUUUGAGGUUUACUUCAAGAAAUCUGAGGAACAUGGCUGUCUUCAGACUGGUUCUUAUUCCUCUCAUCAUCGGAGGGGCAGCCGCUCAAGUGGAGCUAAAACCUCAAAACCUGGCGGUCCUCCUUGGAUCACAGGCCCUGUUUAACUGCAGCACAACUUCGGCUCAGCCCGCCAUGAUAUGGUCGCUUAAUGGGAUCUUUGCAGUGAGCAUUCAGAUGGGAAACGUUGUGCCCCUCGAUCCACGUUUUUCUGCUAAGACCUACAACAUAUCUGGAAUUUUCAACACCGAGUUAAAUAUAAGCGAGGUUAAGAGAAGUGAUACCGGUGAAGUUUCAUGCCAGUUUCUGGGUGGGCCAUUUGGGGUGUCUCGUCUGUCUGUACAAGAACGUGGCAGCGUGGCCAUUACAGGUGGAAAUCGGACGGUGAUCCAAGGAUCACAGACGGAGUUCCAAUGCCAGGCUUUGGGCUGGUCUCCUGAACCCAAUAUGUCCUGGACUGUAAACGGUGUGGUGGUAAAAAACUGCACCAACAGCUCUGUAGCACAAGGAAAUGUGUUUAACACCAUCUGUACGCUGCCGGUGACUGCCGCCAUAAACUCUUCUGUCCAGUGCCUGGUAAAAGUGUCCAGCAUGAGUUCACCGGAAAUCAGCACUGUAUUUCUCAGUGUCGUGUAUCUACGUGGCAGCGUGGCCAUUAUAGGUGGAAAUCGAACUGUGAUCCAAGGAGUUCAGACGGAGUUCCAGUGCCAGGCUUUCGCCUGGUCUCCUGAACCCAAUGUGUCCUGGUCUGUAAACGGUGUGGUGGUAAAAAACUGCACCAACAGCUCUGUAGCACAAGGAAAUGUGUUUAACACCAUCUGUACGCUGCCAGUGACAGCCACCAUAAACUCUUCUGUCCAGUGCCUGGUAAAAGUGUCCAGCAUGAGUUCACCAGACAUCAGCACAAUUUUUCUUACAGUCGGUCCUAAGCCCAGAGAUUACACUAUUCUGAUAGCAGUCACUGUCGCUUUCAGUGCGGCUGCGCUCUUGUUUCUUCUCAUCUUUGGAAUCUUCUUCUUCUGUAGGCGGAGGAAGAAAGAAAAAUCAGGUUACGAAGAGGAGGUCAGAAGGGCUCAGCUGCAGUCCCAGCACAUGGCAACUAUCACAUCAGAUGCACGUGGACGUGACAACCGAGGUUAUGUUACAGAUGGACGAUAUGGAGGAAAUCACAACGGUGCAGUCUGGAACACCGACUAUUCCCCCAAACCGCAGAGGUCCUAUCCAAAAGAUGACUUUUUUGAUGAUGGUUACAAAAAUCACAGACACAUGACUAUGGUUUAAUGAAUGUAAAGACUACGCUGUGGAGUUCUCGGUCAGCUGGUCUUCCUGUUUUCGUGCUUGGUCUUGUACAUGAACUCAUAAGUUUAGGUUUAAUUACAGAAGAAUAAGAGACGAGGACAUCAAGCACUGAAGGAUGAAUAUAGACUGUUUCUGUUUCGCCCAAACAAUUUUUUUUAGGGAAGUAGUGCGUUGAUCUCACAGUAAACUGAGAUAAAUUGUGAGAUCCAAAAUUCUGUGACCACACUUAAAAGCUUGAAUCGUGGAUUUUUUCCUCAUGUUAAGACAUGCUAAAAAUGCAAGAAUAUUUUCAACCCAGUGUUGGGUCAAAAAGGGACAAACCCAACUGUUGGGUUAUAAAUUAACAUUUGUAGGGUUAUUUCAGCCCAGAAUGGUGGGAUGUUGGGUGAAAUACAAACAUUUUCUGGGUUAAAUUAACCCAACGGUUGGGUUUGCGUUUUUGGAACCACCACAGGGUUGAAUUUAAGCCGACAUUAAAAAAAAAGCUUAUGACAUAAAAUUUAAGAAACAUUAUUUCUAAGUCAAUGUGAUUUUUAGAAAUUAUAAAUUUCCUUGCUUCUAUUGAAGCACAUAAGAUGGUGUUCAUGAAAUCUUUCUUAGAUAACAUACUAUGGCAUUAAUGAAAAAAGUAUUGAGCAAUCAAUGUAUAUAUUUUUUAAAAUAACUGUUAAAUAACAUUAUUAUAGGUCAUUUCUAAAAAUAGCAUUUUUCACUAUUGCUCUCAGACUGUUGGACCCCAUGUCUUACUGUCAAUUUUGACCAAUUUGUGUAACAUCUAGACUUUUUUAGGUCUUUCAGAUUUCAACAUGCUGACACUUCAAUGCGAGCGGUUGAGGGAUUUUGUUUUCUUAUAUCACUGUAAUCAAAUGCAUUGCACAGCAGGUUUGACUGUAACUUCUUGUUUUUCCAGCAUCAGAAAAUCAUCCGCGUAUGACACCCCAUGAGAGCAAACUGUUUUUUAUAGCCUAGCUGCUUACAAUUUACCCACAGAUUAAUGAUGAGAAAUGUUUUAAAAGGAUCGUUUUAUGACAUAUCAUAAUGUGCUUAAUAAAUCUAAUCCACUGAUCUUGAACUCCCACUGGGUAACAACUGUUUAAAUGCAAAAAUUUUUGCUUAAGUGCUGAAGCUAUGAGCUGCUAAUCCAUAAAUCGCUCUCUUAAUCAAUAAAAUUCAAUUCAGAUUAGACUUCCAAAUACCCACCUGAGCUUCUCCUAUCUUUUCACGGCUGGAAAAUCCAUAAAAGCUGACAGCUACAAGCCCUUUCUGCUAGACUAUUACAUUUUGUGUAAAUGUAAUUAAUUUAUAUGAGGUUAAAUUAUCUUCAAUUAACCAAUUACUGGUUAAACCAUUAUAACCCAAGCUGUUCUGUAACUGGGGUUGGUUGUGUAUGAAAGAUCAUUAUGAGUAUUAUCGGCACUUUUGAACAAAUGUUUAAAAAAAUUGGAGCAAUUAAUGAUGUUCAAUGGACUUCAUUUUAAUAUGUGACCCUGUAUUCAGCAAGAAAUAUAUUUUUGUAUAUGAGGUGUUGUUAUUCCUA